AUGAAAUCCCUCACCCUCACAACCCUCACAGCCCUCACAACAACGCUAGUCCCAACCCUCGCCCAAAACGCCGGGCUCAACCUGCCAUCCGGCCCAGAGCUAAAAGCAGGCAGCGAUGUGAUCGUGCAAGUUACGCGUCCUAACUCCCUCACCGGCUCCACCGAACUCGCCGUCGCAAUCGGGCUGCAGUCGUGCCCGAAUAGCGAGUGCAUUGAGGCCGAUGAGACGCUCGGGACUGUCCUGUACCAUGGCGCCUUCAACCCCGUGUACCAUGAGUAUUAUCUGCCGCCGUAUGAGAACUUUACGGUGAGUGUGCCGGAGGGGGUGAGUAAGGGGAAGGCGGUUGUGGGUGUUGCGCAUGUGGCGCUUGUUGGGGCGUCGAACUGGCCGUUCCUGGAGGUUUUGAAUAAGACUGUUACUAUUGUCUAG